AUGUCUCAAGAGCAAAUGGUCUCUUCAGAGAUGGUCCAAGAUCUUCCGCCCUCGUCAGGCUCCACGGGGCCUCGGAUGUUCGAGGGCAACUUUCGUCCUUCCUGUCUCUGCAAAAUGUGGAUCCAGCACCCCACGUAUUGCGCCCAUGGUGACAGCUGCAGCUUUGCCCACGGUUUGGCAGAAAUGUCAACUGAUUUGCAGAUGGGUCUGGAAACGCUCGCGUCGACAGGCUUGUUUGGGGCGAAAGCGGCCAUGGUUGGUGAAGCUUUCAAGGGGAAGGGCAAAGCAGCCACGGGAAAAGGUAAGCCUGGCCAAGCCGUUACCAUCUACGCAGCUGUGCAAACAAAUGGCAAGGGCAUGGGUGUGGGCAUGGGUCCAACGAACGGUGCGAAUGGCAAGGGCAUGAAUGGCAAGGGCAUGAACGGCAAGGGCAUGGAUGGCAAGGGCAUGGAUGGCAAGGGAAUGGCCGCAGUAAAUGCUGCUGCAGCCCCUGCGGGGUCUCGCUUUGGGGAUUCUUUCAUGCCGACCAGGAUAUGCAGUUUCUGGUUGAAGGACCCGGGUGCGUGUCUAAAGGGAGAUGCUUGCAGCUUUGCUCACGGCGUUGCGGAGCUGCAUCCAAAUUCUGUGCAAGAGUGUGGCGUCAGUCGAUUUUUGCACACCGGUUUCACGCCCCGCGUGAUGUGCAAAAAUAUCCAUAGUGAGCACGGCUGCUACAAAGGUUUGUGGUGCACAUACGCACAUAGUGCGGAAGAGAUGGCGUGA